AUGAGUGGUUCAAUUUCGUUGAUUGUACUUGCGGUAGUGGCUCUGGCCGGUCAAGUGUUGAGUCGGCAUGACGCAACCUUCAAAAGCUUCGGAUCAACGAGUGGAGAGUGCAGCCGAUAUCUGAACAACGAUGGUAACGGAGAGUGCAACAUCCACUGCGUGGGAGUGAUUGGUCACGCCUGGAACGAAACCUUGGCCAAGUUCACUCAGAACUACGCUGGAUACUUUGUCCCGGAUCCACAGGAUGACUGCUACCAGAAUCGUACGGAGCGUUGUUUGUUGCAAGUCGACAACGCGAUUCCAGUCUAUGACAAGUGCACCAGAGCUUCAAAGCUCGGACAGUGUUAUGCUGAUCAAUACGGACAACUGAAUGCUAUCCAGCCUCAGUACGUGCCAAUGACGGAUCUUCAGUAUACUCGGGUUUUCCUGCAAUGCGCUGCCAUACUGGGACUCUCAAACAAUGACCUCAACGCCAUGGUCCAACAAGGAGCUUACAACACUCCCGCUGGUGCCUGUCUUCUGCGAUGCACGUUGAUUCGUAUGGGACUGUACACUGACGAUGCUGGAAUCGAUGUGGCCCUGGCAACCCGACAGUGUGGUCUAUACAACGUGACCUCCGAUAUUGCCCAGUGCCAAGCCAAGGUGCAAGCCGAAGAGUGUGACAAGUGUAAGCGGACGACGCGCAUUGCUAAGGAAUGUCUUAACAUGCACUACAAUGUUCGAAAUGUUGGAGAUAGCUACGGAUUGGAACUGUAUGGAGAUGAUGUCUGUUAUUCUUCCUGUUCAUUCUUCUACUGCUAUUACUAUGCAUGCCCUUAUCUUAGCUACUACAAUACCAACUAUGCAGGAUCUUCGUCUUAUUCUGGUAGCUCUAACAGCCUUACUUUCGCUGGAUAG